CCAGGUCGUCGAGGUGUAGAGACUUUAGUGUUUACUUGACGUUCCCACAGUGUACGUUCCUCGCUCUCUCACUCUCAUACCUCUCGGUAUCCUCUGCUACGGGAACAGACUCCCUGGUUAUCGUUGGGAAAUUUGCAAACACAUCACGGAUCGUGGAAAUAAGGCCAGCUCUGCGGAUCUGUGGCACAAUAAUACUUUUAUCUGACAUCUGAAACAGGAGGCUCCAUUUGUUAUUUAUAACCCAGUCAUGGGAAGCACAGAGGAAAUAACAAAAAUGAGGUCUGUGAAGAAGAAAUUGGAUAUGGAGGGUGAAGAAUCUGAUUCUUCAAAGUCAAAGGGAACAUCAGGUGAUGCAAGUCCAGACCCCUUGGAACAUGGAAUUGAUGAUGACUUGAAGCCACUAGCAGAAGGAGAGGCCAAGAACUCAAAAACCAAGAGACAAGUCUCCUGAGGGAAUAGAUGUUCAAGGUGCUCGCUUUCGAAAUGAUAGUGAGAGCUCAUCGGAAAGUGGCAAAUCUCCAAGUUCAGAGCGCAUGAAAAGGCAACGGACUGUAAGUGGCUCGUCCCCAGUUCAAAACUUCAUCUUCCCGGGCGUUGCAGCAUCUCCUCCUAAAUUCAUGUCCUUAGAGGAAGUCAUGAAAGCAGCAAAGGGAGUUAGCAACAUGGUACUUGCACAUGAGAUUGCUGUAGACAAGAAUUUCAAGCUGGAGAAGUUUGAACCUCCAGAUAACAGUGUUGAGAAGCAGGUUCGUGAUGUGAUGCACAAGGCCUUCUGGGACCAGUUAGCAGAGCAGCUAUCCCAGGAACCUCCAUCCUAUGAACAGGCUUUGAUAUUGCUCCAGGAAGUCCGGGAUAACCUUUUAGACAUCACCCUUCCUCACCACACUCGUUUGCGACAGGAAAUAUCAGACACCUUGGAUGUUGAUUUAAUCAAACAGCAGGCAGAGCACGGUGUAUUAGAUUUUAGUCAGUACUCACAGUAUGUACUUUCCAUUAUGGCUCGUCUCUGUGCUCCUGUCCGGGAUGAAACUAUUCGUAAUCUUAUGAGAGAAACAGAAAUUGUUACAGUGUUCCGUGGUGUGAUGGAGACCUUAGACUUAAUGCGUCUUGAUAUGGCAAACUUCACUAUACAGCAAAUCAGGCCUCACAUCAUUGCACAGAGUGUAACUUAUGAGAAGAAGAAAUUUGCUGAGUUCCUCAAGACACAAAAUGAUGGCCUGGAGUUGACGAGAGAUUGGCUUAUAAACCAUGUUAGAGAAGAUGACAUUGAAGGGGCAGAUGAACUUUCGAUGAGAGGAAUAGUAGGAUCGGUCAUCAGUCGAGCUUACUUGGAACUCCUGUCAUGGUCGGAUGAGAAGCUGUUACCAGAGACUGUGGUAAUGGAUGGAGGCAGAAUCUUCGAGCUUCGUGACCGCCUCAGCCAAGUUUGCAUCCUGGGUUCAGUGUUGCUGGUCACCAUGUCCUCAGUGGGACCCAUGAUCAGUCAAGCAGAUGCUUUCAAGCUCAAACUAAAACGAAAUCUCUGCAUCAUUCUCGAUCCAGCUCUGUCAGAUAGCGAGACCAUGGCACUGAUGGAAAAUAUUGCUGAACAAGUGGUGAAGGAGGUUGAGGAUCACCUGAGUGAAAACGAGAAGCCACCUCUUCCGGCAUCAGCAAAGGUUGCUCUAAAGUCACAAGUCCUCGAGAUUAAGAGCCCAGACCAUCGCAUUAGAGCUCUCAUAAUGAAGAGAGCAAUGGAGUUCAUUGGCACCCUGCUGAGUUCCACCACAGCCCGCCCAGUGCAGAUGCCCCCUGGACUCUCAACUCUGCAAGAAGAGCUAGCAAACAUCUGUGGCACUUUGCUCCGUCUUGUCACACACAACAGAAAUGUCUUUGGGGAAUAUUAUUCAGAUAUCAUAACCAACCACAUAAAGGCUAAGAAAGAAUAUGUUCAGUCACAUAGUUCUGUGAUUGAAAUUAAUGAUUGAAUUUGUGUGAAAGGGAAAAAUUUGUGAGGUAAACAUGAAUGUACAGUUAUAUAUUAUAUGUACAUAUACAUUAGAUAAAUUCAUUUCAUGAUAACAAACAUUAGUGAUAAAAGUAAAAUGUGCAUCUUAAACAUAUGCUGCAUAAAAAUGAAUCUCAGAUCAGGUUAACAAUCAAUUUCCAAAAUAUACAAACAAGAACACAGUUGAAGUAUGAAAUGUACUCAUCCAUUGAUUAAUGUAACAGACUUCAUCAUAAUUGACAAUGCAUUGUAAUAGAAAUAUGUUCAUUUUAGAUGUAGUUUUUAGACGAAAUUGUUUAAGUAAAUGUAAAACAAAAAAAUGAAAAUUAAACAAGGCACUCAAGAAACUAAGCAAAAACAAUUGCACAAAAGAUGUAAAAGACACUUUCAGGAUACAUAACUUUGAAAUUAUCACAGACCCUGAAAUUGAAGUGAGUGACAACAGUUUUACCUUUUAUUACAUAUUACUUUUCAAUGCUUCUAAGUCCAUUUGUAGGCAUCCAAGGUGCAAUUUUUUUAUUGCUUUGGUGCCAGAUGGAAUAUGAAUUUCCAACAGCUGUCUGUAAGAGUCAUGCUAUGUGUUGAAGAACGAUGGUCCAAACCUACUGAACUAGAACAAAAUUGGUUCAAACCUACUGAACUAGAACAAAAUUGGUUAUGUUGUUUUAUUCUGCUGUAGUGUAUGAAGCAUUGUGCCAAGAUAGGAAGAGGAAAAUGUGCUAUAUGUGACAGGCUGAAUAGAAAAUUCUGUAAAUAUACAAAUAUUAAAAGAUAUAUAUAAAAGAAAAGAAAAAAAAGUUAGUCCAAUCCAAACUGCUAGAAACAGGAACACCCCAGUGCAAUGAAAUAAAGGUGUAGAGUCUAGAUCGGAAGAGAAGGAUAUCUAAAGGUUUAUACCAUAUAUUAUGGGAAAAUGAAAUUAUACAGAAAAUGAGACAAAAUUGAUUAAUACAAGAACCAAUCGGUGAAUUUUCUGACUUGAUAGAAUAGGAAAAAAUGUGUAUGGUGUACUUAUGUACCUCUGUAUUAUUCUUACCAUUUAAUGUUGUCAUUAAUUAGGAUGGUGCAUUUCUGUUCAGCAGUCACAAAUGGAUGUAAGAAUAUCUCUGCUGGUAUUGAGUGGGAUGCUUUGCUUCUUCAUUCCAUUGGAUAUAAAAUAAAAGGUAAAAAUUGAGGAAUGCUUAUUUAGGGCCUUUGACAGACUAUAUACUCAUUCCUGUUUUUUUUUUUAAAUUAUUAUUUUAGGUUUACAUUUGAUGUGAGGUAAAAUUUGAAAUCUUAUUUACGAUAUUCUGUAUUGUGUGUAUUGGAUAGCUUCUUGGAUUGUUUGUAUUAGUGAGAAUGAGGAUUUGGUGUAAUCUUAAGGAUAAGCAAGUUGUUGUACAGUAUUUUUAUAAUAUAGAUUCAUGUAUGCCCAUAUCUGGCCGGAGAUGGAGCAGACAUUAAUGCAAUAUUUUUAAGGUGGUUAAGCCUUGCAUAAUUUCAUUUUUUAGUAACAGUGUACUAACAUAGUAUGUCUUUCAUAUUUAGUUUCUCUUAUCUUCUAAAAAAAUACAAAUGUGAUAUUGUUAGUGAGGUGUCCACCCUAAAAAGAAAAUUGACCACAUUCUGUAUUAUGUUUAUGGUGGACUGGCUGUAUGGAUGAUGUGUAGAGUAAACUUGGGUGUUGUGGUUUAUUAUGUAUAACAUGUCAACAGGUCUGCAAUCUCAUG